AUGAGGCACCGUAGGUUCAGUAACUUGGAUCGGUGGAGAGAAGGACUUAGACAUGUGCUGGGUGACCGUGGCACUGUGCUUACCAGUGAUGUCCAGACAAGCAAAGCUGAAGGUGGAGAGCACAGGAGGAAGAAGGUGGAGGAAGAAUCAGAAAUGGCUGUGGUGCUCCUGCCGAGAGGAGAAAUCGGAGAUCUUCCUGGACCCCUUCAGACUCCGACGGGGAAGGCUGACAGAGAAUGCCCACUUGAGGUCCUGAGCGAGCAGCACCCACUGCAGUACAGGUGGGUUCUGUGGUUCUUCAGGAAUGACCGAAGCCGAGCCUGGCAGGACAACCUGCAGCUAGUCACCAAGUUGAACACUGUGGAGGACUUCUGGGCGAUAUACAGCCAUAUCAAGCUGGCCAGUAAGCUCUCUUCCGGGUGUGACUACGCUCUGUUCAAGGAUGGCAUCCAGCCCAUGUGGGAAGACAAUAGGAACAAGCGAGGUGGCCGCUGGCUGCUCAGUCUUUCCAAACAACAGCGCCACAUCGAACUGGACCGUCUGUGGCUGGAGACAUUGCUAUGUCUGCUUGGGGAGAGUUUUGAAGAAUACAGCAAGGAGGUGUGUGGUGCUGUCGUCAACAUCCGUGCCAAGGGGGAUAAGAUUGCCGUGUGGACAAGUGAAGCAGAGAACCAAGCGGGAGUGAUGCACAUCGGGCACGUGUACAAGGAGCGUCUGGGCCUCUCUGCGAAGACUAUCAUUGGGUACCAGGCCCAUGCAGACACUGCUGCCAAGAGCAAUUCUUUAGCCAAGAACAAGUUUGUGGUGUGA